AUGUGGAUGUGGAUGGAGAAGAGGUCGGGUGUUGAGCUGAAUAUGGAACCACAGGAAGGAGGGGGCCUGAAGGAGCUGGUGCUUCGAUGGUUUACUGAGACACAGGCACCGCUCAUCCAGCACAAUGGAAACUUCCCUGACUGGUUUCAAGGCCUUGCUACAAGAAAGGAAGCAGAGGAUCUCCUGAGGGAUAAAAGUAUGGGCUGUUUUCUCAUUCGUCUCAGUGAUAAAGCCUUUGGCUACAUCCUGUCCUACAAGGGUAAUGACAGGUGCCGCCAUUUUGUUAUCACCCAAAAUCAAGAUGGACAUUUUAUCAUAUCAGGAGACUCUCAGACAUACGGCAGUCUCACCGAGCUGAUCCAACACUACAAGGUCAGCGCCAUCCAGCCCUUUGGAGAAUAUCUGACCUCCAGCUGUAAUGAGGUGGACACAAAUGAACUGUAUGAUGUGGUGAACUAUAACACCAAACAGACGUCUGGGGUGAGCGUGCAGGCACUGCGGACUCUGUGGGAUCAGAAAAGUGAUCAUCACAGCCAUGUGGGUACUAAUCAAAGGAUUCAGCAGCAAAAUGACCCUCCUGCAGUGCAGCCACCCAUACUACCACCGAAAUCCACAGCCAGAAAGCUGACGGGGACGGUGUCUGUGGAUGCAAUGUCUCUUUCCCAGGGUAUGCCUCCAGGACCAAAAAGAGGGAUUCCUCUAGGAUUUACCCUGAGUGGUUCCUUGCCUGAUACAACUUCACAUCCAAUGAAAUCCCAGAUAGAUGCAUACAGAGCAGACGGAAUCAUGGCAAACACAAAUUCAGCAAUAAUGUCUAACAAAGACUCAGUUGAUGCAACUGACACAGCGUAUCCUGGUGAUCUUUUUCCUGGCAUCACAACCUCUCAGUCGACACAAGUAGAGAGCAGGAGCAAAUCUCUACCACACCUGGACAACAACACCACAGAGGAGGAGUACUCCAACCAGCUCAGCAGCCUAUCUCUGACAUCGCCUGUUCCAGUAAAGAGGGUUACCUGCCAAACCUAUUCUCUCCAUGCACCCCAUGAAAGCGUGAUCAGGUCAGAAGAGCACAAUGAUGAUCAGGAAAUAUCAAGAUCCAACCCUCUGUACCAGACCUCUGAGGGGUCUGACAGCCGUUCAACCCAGCAAGGAGAUGACAUGUAUGCUGAGGUUCCUCCGGCGACAACUCCUGCUAGGCUGCGAGAUGACACCUACGAGCAGAUCCCUGGUGAGGCAGCCACCGUUCAAGGCAACACUUAUGAGACGCUGGACGACAUGAAGACCAAGAAGUCAAAGUCCACCUGGAGUAAAAGUAAUAUGAAGUGGAAGAAAUUCCUACCUGACUAUAAGAAGAAAUAA